ACGGCCCGCCCUAGUAACGGCCGCAUGGUAACGCGGGCGGAGCGGUCCCCGGCUCCGGCUCUCCCCGCGGCUCGGCUCCCGGCGUGCGCACCAUGAAGAUCGAGGAGGUGAAGAGCACCACCAAGACGCAGCGCAUCGCGUCCCACAGCCACGUGAAGGGGCUGGGGCUGGACGAGAGCGGCCUGGCCAAGCAGGCGGCGUCGGGGCUCGUGGGCCAGGAGAACGCGCGCGAGGCAUGUGGGGUGAUAGUGGAAUUAAUCAAAAGCAAGAAAAUGGCUGGAAGAGCCGUCUUGUUGGCAGGCCCUCCUGGAACCGGCAAGACGGCGCUGGCCCUGGCCAUCGCGCAGGAGCUGGGCAGCAAGGUGCCCUUCUGCCCGAUGGUGGGCAGUGAGGUCUACUCCACCGAGAUCAAGAAGACUGAGGUGCUGAUGGAGAACUUCCGCAGAGCCAUCGGGCUGCGGAUAAAGGAGACCAAGGAGGUGUACGAAGGCGAGGUGACGGAGCUCACGCCGUGUGAGACGGAGAACCCCAUGGGCGGCUACGGCAAGACCAUCAGCCACGUCAUCAUCGGGCUCAAGACGGCCAAGGGCACCAAGCAGCUGAAGUUGGACCCCAGCAUCUUUGAAAGUCUGCAGAAAGAGCGCGUGGAGACAGGAGAUGUGAUUUACAUCGAGGCCAACAGUGGCGCCGUGAAGAGGCAGGGCAGGUGCGACACCUACGCCACCGAGUUCGACCUUGAAGCCGAGGAGUACGUCCCGCUGCCCAAGGGCGACGUGCACAAGAAGAAGGAGAUCAUCCAGGACGUGACCCUGCACGACCUGGACGUGGCCAACGCCCGGCCCCAGGGCGGACAGGACAUCCUGUCCAUGAUGGGCCAGUUGAUGAAGCCGAAGAAGACGGAGAUCACAGAUAAGCUUCGCGGGGAGAUCAACAAGGUGGUGAACAAGUACAUCGACCAGGGCAUCGCCGAGCUGGUCCCGGGCGUGCUGUUCGUGGACGAGGUCCACAUGCUGGACAUCGAGUGCUUCACCUACCUGCACCGCGCCCUGGAGUCCUCCAUCGCGCCCAUCGUCAUCUUCGCGUCCAACCGAGGCAACUGUGUCAUCAGGGGCACCGAGGACAUCACCUCCCCUCACGGCAUCCCGCUGGACCUGCUGGACCGGGUGAUGAUCAUCCGGACGAUGCUGUACACGCCGCAGGAGAUGAAGCAGAUCAUUAAGAUCCGAGCGCAGACGGAGGGGAUCAACAUCAGCGAGGAGGCGCUCAACCACCUGGGCGAGAUCGGCACCAAGACCACCCUGCGGUACUCGGUGCAGCUGCUCACGCCGGCCAACCUCCUCGCCAAGAUCAACGGCAAGGACAGCAUCGAGAAGGAGCACGUGGAGGAGAUCAGCGAGCUCUUCUACGACGCCAAGUCCUCGGCCAAGAUCCUGGCCGACCAGCAGGACAAGUACAUGAAGUGAGCGGCCCGCGCGCGCGGCGCCGCGGGGACAGACUGGGCCCGGCCCGGCCCGCCUUGGCCGUGAGCACCGCUCCUCUCCGGGGCGCCCCGAAGGAGCACCGCCUCGCCGGCCGCGCUCGCUAAUAAAUCCUCUCCGGUUAUUUUCACGACA